GUAAAUGAACUUGGUUGCAUCUGAUGAAAACAUCGCUAGUCUUUAUUUAUUACUAAAAAGUUUUAAUACAUUUAUUUAAAAACAGAUGUGAUGACAGUUGUAUUUCAAAGUUCUAAUAUAAACAAAAUAAUUCCAUAAUGGAUAAAUCCAACACAUUUACCUGUAAUGAUGGUAAUAAAUCUAAAAACAAAUUGAAUUCUGCUGCCAAGUCUCUUCUUCACAAUGUCAUACGUCAUACAGAUAGUCAUAACAGGCACAUGGAAGAGGCUGAGAUGUGGCAACUCCAUUUGAAAAUGAAGGGAAAAAUCAAUCUACUUUGUAAAAAUCAUGAGCGAAAAAAAGAUACUCAAGAAUUUAAAGAUGUCAAGAUAGAAAAUUCAUUUUUAUUUGAUGACAGACAGGAUGACUUAGGGUGGAAGAAGAAGAAGUCAAAAAAAGCCCAUAUGGAUGACUCAGAAGAUAGAAAUGUUGGAGAGGCUUCUAACAGUACUUACUGGAUGAGACAGUUAUAUAAAUUUGAAGAGAAUGAUCCUGACAGAUGGGGACACAGUGGUUAUAAAGAGCUGUACCCUGGAGAUUGUGAAAGUGAUGGUGAUCAGAAGAAAACAAAGAAAAAAAAGAAAAAGCAGAAAAAGAAAAAAAAAGAAAAAGAUAAGGAUUUUAACAGUCCAGUUUGUAAUAAGAAGAAGAAAAAGAAAGCUACAAAAACAAUUAGUAGGAAAGAGGAUAAAAAGCUUAAAAAGGAAAGAAAAAGAAAGAGAAGUGAUUCAUUAUCAAGCUUUGAAGCUGAUAUGAGAAAGUUAGAAGAAAAGAAUUCAAUAACAAAAAAGAGAAAGUACUCUCAGGAAGAUAUAGCUGGAGAUGAACAUUUAGCUCAUGAGCCACGUCACAGAAAAAUGCUCAGAAGAAAGACAUCAUUUUAGUUUUUGUGUGGAAGUCAAUGGAAGUAUUUUAUUGGGUUUUUUAGGGGUUGUGGUCAUUAAAUAAAACAAAACAAAGUUAAAUUGUCAAAAGAAAUCACUGGUUUAAAUUAAAGAUAGGACGAAAUGUUCA